CUCACAGAAAACGAACCCAUUACCAUACUCAAGAAGCAAGCAAAGCAACAGCUGCUUCAUCAAAGAAACAGAAGAAACCUUUUCUUUUCGAUUCCGACAAUGCGUCCACCGCGUAAGAGGGUGGAUUUCGCGCGCGACGACAAGGUGGAGAUCUGCGGCAACGAGGAUGGCUUCCUCGGCUCCUACUACCAAGCCACGGUCGUGUCGCGCCUCGACAACGGCCUCUACGUCGUACGCUACGACACGCUCCUCGAAGACGACGCAUCACAACAACCCCUUACCGAAACCCUUUUCCCCAAAGAACUCCGUCCCCAGCCGCCACGUGUCUCCAAAACCGAUUUCGCGCUCUACCAGUGCGUCGACGCCUUCGACAACGACGGCUGGUGGCUCGGCCAGGUCACCGGAAAAAAAGACGCCGAGCAUUACUACGUGUAUUUUUCUACCACUAAUGAGGAGAUUGCGUAUCAUGUUUCUGCGAUUAGGGUUCAUCAUGAGUGGAGCCAUGGGGAGUGGGUUUUGUCCAAUUGAAGAAUGUUGAGUUCGGAAUUCGUGUCGCGUCUUUGUUUUAGGAGACAUUAAUUCGACGGUUGAUUUGAUUCGCUUUCUUGGGAUCGUAUAUGCGUUAUAUCUUGUUGUGGGUUGUUUUUUUUCUUUCUUUCUUGGUUUUAGUCGAUAUAGUGUUGUUGUAGGAUGGAAGUUAUUGUACACUGUGCUUCUUGUUCAUACGUGUAAUUGGAAUUGUACUUCCAAUCGGUGAUAGGAAAAGUGGAAAAACCUACCCUUUCGAUUGAAUUGUUCUCUCUCUCUCUUGAGUGUUCUUAAUUAGAUUCACUUUCUUGGGAUCGUA